GGCCACCUCGUUCGACUACAUAGCCUGACCACUCCUUGUCUACAAAUUGCUCUCUCUUUUCUGCGUCUUCUUCUUGUUCUUCUAAUUUCUCUGUCUGUCACCAGCUGUCACCCUGCCCCUGCGUGGUUCUCCCAGGUCGCCUUAUCGAUACGACGUACCAAACAAUGGCGAUCCCCAAGCGCGCGCUCCUCCUCUCGUCCGCAGCCUUUACGUUUUUCAGCUUUCGCUAUGCGCCGCAAGUCGCUCUGUUCCCGCGCAGCUACUUCUGGAAUAUAACGACGCUGUUUCUGCUCGGAAUCUUUGCGCAGUUGUGCUGGAGUGUGAUUUUGUAUCCGCUGUUUCUCAGCCCCUUGCGUCAUUUGCCGCAGCCGCCGGAUGCCCAUGUUCUCCUAGGACAUUUCAGGCGGAUAUUCAAGGAUCCGAGUGGUGAGCCGCAGAGAGAUUGGAUUGAUACCGUGCCAAAUGAUGGCGUUUUGUAUUAUCGAUGGCUGUUUAAUGAGCCAAGGGUACUGGUGACGAAUCCGAAAGCCUUGGGCGAGGUGCUUGUGCAGCGGAGUUAUGACUUUGUUAAGCCUGAGAGACUUCGGAAUGGCCUUGGGAGGUUGCUUGGUGUAGGGAUUCUGCUUGCCGAGGGCGAUGAGCACAAGCGUCAAAGAAAGAUGUUGAUGCCAGCUUUCUCCUUUCGACAUGUCAAGGACUUGUACCCGAUAUUCUGGAGCAAGGCGCAAGAGAUGACGAAUGGAAUAGCAGCGGCUAUCAAGAACAGUCCGGAUGCAUCGUCAGUAGUUGAGAUCCGCGACUGGGCUUCGCGCGCAACGCUCGACAUCAUCGGCGUAGCAGGAAUGGGCCGAGAUUUUGACUCGUUGACAAAUCCAGCCAACGAGCUGAACGCAACAUAUCGACAAAUCUUCGCUGGAAACCGCUACGCCCAGCUUGUCCAGUUGCUUCUAAGCAUGCUCCCGCACUGGUUAGCGGUGAACUUACCUCUGAAACGCAACGACGAGAUCGGAAACGCCGUCAGCACCAUCAAGAAAGUAGCAAGAGAUCUGAUCCGAGAAAAGCGCACAACGUUCGAAAAGGGAGGCGACAUAGGCACGGAUAUCCUCUCUGUAGCCAUGGAAUCCGGCGGCUUCAGCGACGAAGACCUCGUCAACCAACUCAUGACCUUCCUCGCAGCCGGCCACGAAACCACCGCGUCAGCCACAAUCUGGGCCGUCUACCUCCUCUGCAAACACCCAGACGUACAAACACGCCUACGGGAAGAAAUCCGCACAGAACUCCCCGCACUGUCAAAUUCCAAUAGCCAGAUCUCAUCGGCCGAAAUCGACAGAUUACCCUACCUCAACGCCGUGUUGCAGGAAACAAUGCGCAUCUUCCCACCCGUCCCACUCACCCUCCGCGAAACAGCAAAAGACACUACAAUCCAAGGCCACUUCAUCCCCGCCCGCACAACCAUCAUCAUCUGCCCCUGGGCCAUCAACACAUCCGUACACCUCUGGGGCGCCGACGCGCGCGAAUUCAACCCCGAGCGCUGGCUUGGUUCCGGGCGUGCCAACACGGGCGGCGCGGAAUCAAACUAUGCUAUUACGACGUUUUUGCAUGGGCCGAGGAGCUGUAUUGGGAAAGAUUUUGCAAAGGCGGAGUUCGCGUGUCUGGUGGCGAGCUUGGUGGGGAGGUUUGAGUUGGAGUUUGAGGAUCAGGCGUAUGAGUUGAAGAUUCAGGGGGGGAUUACGGCGGGGCCGAAGGGGGGGUUGAGAGUUAGGAUUAGGGGUGUUGGAGGUAGUAGGGAAGAGGAGGAGAAGGCGGAGGUGUUUUGACGUGGACGAGUGACGUGGGGGGUGUAAAGAGAAUCCACUUGAACAAGUUUUUCUUUCCAGUACGGUUUAUUUGCACACUACGUCAAAUGCUGUACAACCAGUAUACAGAUCUGAAAAAGGUAGCUUCCAUUCCUAUGAGGCUACGGACCGCUGUACUAGUCGUACCCUUGCUCAAUUGCAGAUCACUCUGUCGACAAUGGAUCACCAGCAGAGAAUGGGUCAAACGCACGCCUGCAGGGAUCCCGUGAUUUUCCAGCUGCCGUUGUGCGGUGGUUCACGGCCGCUAGUUCUCUCGCGAACAACAAAUCAAGAUCUACGUGAU